AUGAUGAGUGCACCAAAACCUUCUAUCUCUGCAGCUUUGUUUUUGGCCCUUCUUUUCAUGUCGUUCAGACUAAGCAACUGCAUCAACUGCCAUGAAAAUGAAGAACAAUCACUUUUAAGCUUCAAGCAAUCUCUAAAAGGUUCCUCAGACGCGUUGUCUUCUUGGGAUGCUAAAUUCGAAUGUUGCAAAUGGAAAGGUGUUGUUUGCAGCAACUUAACUGGCCAUGUUCUUCGACUUGAUCUCAAAGGUAAUUACUUAGGUGGCAAAAUAAGCUCAUCUUUGCUUAACUUGAAGCAUUUGAAAUAUCUUGACUUGAGCCAAAACAACUUUGAGGGAGGAAUCCCUUCUUUCAUUGGAUCGCUCACAAGCCUCGAGUACUUGAAUCUAUCAUUCGCUGGAUUCCAUGGAAUGAUUCCCCAUAAUAUUGGAAAUCUUUCAAAUUUACAAGUUUUAAGUUUGGCUGAUCGUGGCUAUUUAGCGAUGCAGUUGGAAGUCAGUAGUCUUGAAUGGUUGUCAGGACUUUCUCAACUGAAGCACCUCAACAUGAAUGGUGUGACCCUCUGGAAAGCAACCCACUGGGCACAACAGGUGAUCAACAAACUUCCUUCUUUAGUCGAGCUGCAUUUUAGAGAUUGUAAUCUUAAUAUGAUGGCUGCUCUGAAUGAUGUUAACAAUAUCAGCCGUUCUAAUUUAGCCACUCUUGAUCUCUCUGGGAAUCCGAACUACAUUUCCCUGUCUUAUGCCGUCAUCCCUCCGUGGGUUUUUCAACUCAGCAACCUUAUCUAUCUUGAUAUGAGUAACAAUUAUUUUGUAGCCCCAAUACCAACAAUGAGCAAAACCACACAACUCCAACACAUUGAUCUCUCCUUUAACCAAUUCAAUUCAAGCAUUCCACAGUGGCUCUUCUCCUGCAAACAGCUCCAGUACCUUGACUUAAGUCAAAAUGAACUUUCUGGAAAAAUACCGAGAGAAAUUGCAAAUUUGUGCAAUAUUCAAGUCUUGUGGUUGUCUUAUAAUCAGUUGGAAGGAGAGAUAUCUGAUUUAUUUGGAAACAAUAUGUUAGAUUGUUUCUUAGGAGCUUUGUUAUCUUUAGAUUUGUUUGAGAAUCAACUCUCUGGCAAUAUGCCUCCUCAAUUUGGAAAUUUUACGCGUCUGCGAUCCCUUAAUCUAGGAAAAAACUCAUUGUCCGGUGUAAUUCCAAACGACAUAGGAAACUUGGUUUCACUUGAAAUCUUGUACUUGGAUUAUAAUAAAUUGAGGGGAAAGUUACCAGAGAGUAUUGGGAAACUUGUGAACUUGACAGAGCUUUGGAUAGAGAAUAACAAUCUGGAAGGGGCUGUGAGUGAAACACACUUUGCCAAUCUCUCAAAUUUAAAAGUCUUGCAAGCCUCUGGAAACCACUUGACUUUGAAAGUCGACACCAAUUGGAUUCCGCCAUUCAAACUAAACACGCUUAGUCUAAGGUCUUGGGACUUGGGAUCUCCAUUUCCGCUAUGGCUUGAGACUCAGAAAGAGAGUAUCUCCGAACUUGAUUUAUCGUCUACUGGAAUCUAUGGAAACGUCCCCAACUGGUUAUGGAGUUUAAGUUUUCUCAACCUUUCGCAUAACCAACUCGACGGAAAGAUUUUAUCCAUUAGUUCUCGUGUACUUGAUUUUGAUGUUCUGCAUGUUUUUGAUUUGAGUUCCAACAGGUUUAGUGGUCCACUGCCUCAACUAAUGACAACUUCAACCUUGGAACUCCAUCUCUCCAAUAACUCAUUUUCCGGAGGAUCCAUCCCAGACAACAUUGGAAACAUGAAGGAACUUGAAUCUCUUGAUUUUUCAAUGAACUCACUGUCCGGCAACAUUCCAGGUAGCAUGUCAAUCAUGACUUCUCUCAACUACUUGAAUCUGUCGUAUAACCACUUGACAGGGACAAUCCCACAAAGCACCCAGAUUGGGAGCUUCAACGAGUCGAGCUUCAUCGGCAACAAUCUUUGUGGCCUUCCACUAAGGAUUUCUUGCAAAAAUGAUGUUAAUGUCCCUUCUCAGACACAGCUGCAGAUUCAAGGCCGAAAAAGCAAUAAGCGAGAGAUUGAUUGGUUUUACGUAUUCCUAUCAUUUGGGUACGCUGUCGGGCUUUCUGCUAUCCUCUCUGCAUUGUUUUUUAAGAAGGAAUGGAGGGAAGCUUAUUAUGGAUUCUUUCAGAAACUGUGGGAAUGUGUUUAA